AUGGCCAAGCCGAACAACACUCCAGUUCCUUCGGAAUUACCAGUCUCUCCUAUGACCCUACAAUCACACAUUGCCUCGCGAGCUUCCCCAUCAGCUAACGGUUCAUUCGAGAGAAAUUUGGCUCUGAGUGCUGCUUCAAAGCCUAAGAAACCCAUUGUCCUCCACAUUGGGGACCCCAUUAAGUACAAUCCUGGAACAUAUGCCACGUUCAGUCAGGAAUUUGAGGUCAUACGUCCUAGCACUCCAGAACGAGAACGUCCAGAGUUCAUUCGAGCCCUGAAAGAGCGCCGAUGGGGUGACUUCAGCGCCAUAUUCCGGCCUUUCUGGGGAACUGGUGGCGAAAUGGGAAAAUGGGAUGCCGAGCUCAUCGAUCUAUUGCCUGACUCAGUGAAGGUGUUUGCCAGCGCCGGCGCAGGUUUCGAUUGGGCCGAUACCAAACUUCUUGGGGAGAAAGGCAUCAUAUACUGCAACUCUGGGUUGGCUGCUGCCGAAGCUGUCGCAGACUUCGCUGUAACAAUGAUAAUCUCAACGUUUAGACACCUUCCAUGGUGUAUGGGUGCAGCAACCUUCAUUUCCUCCUCUCCUCAUUCUCCUGCGCGCGAGGAGGUCUUCCGUGCCUGUCAUACUCAUGCGACAGCUGCAAGCCACAACCCUCGGGGACAUACGUUAGGCCUCAUCGGUUUCGGCAAUAUUGGUCAGCACAUUGCUGCUAAGAUGGGAAACCCUGCCUUUGGCAUGCAUAUCGCAUAUCAUGACCUCGAACGCAAGCCGGCUGCUGUUGAAGCCCAAUUACGAGCAGUAUUCUAUCCAGACUUGCCAAGUCUGCUCCGGGUCUCCGAUUGUGUCGUUCUUUGUACUCCUGCCUCGCCAGAUAAUACGCCCCUCAUCACAGCUUCUAUGCUGCAGCAUCUACGUCCUGGUUCUCGCUUUGUCAAUGUUGCUCGCGGUUCCCUUGUUGACGAAGAAGCACUAGCUGAUGCUCUGGAAGCAGGAACAAUCAGCGCAGCUGCUUUGGACGUACACGCUGAUGAGCCACGCGUCAACAACCGCUUGGUUCGCAUGGCUACACAGGUUUAUUGCCAUGAUACUGGGCAUCCCCGCCCCGGAAGGGUCAUGUUGACAUGCCACAAUGCUGGCGGCACUAUUGAGACGCAUAUUGGGUUCGAGGAACUAAGCAUGAGAAACAUAAUGGAUGUGCUGAGAGGGGGAAAUGGAAUAACCCCUGUGAAUCUAAAGCAUUUCAAGCCGAAGCCUGUCAUUUGCGAUGAUUAUAAAAAUGAACUUAGUUAG